AUGUCGGCGAGGAAAUCGGGACUUCAAAAGGAGGUCCUAGCACUCUAUAGACGUGCAUUGCGCAUGGUUCGUACCAAACCAGUCUUAACCCAACCAAAAUUUCUCCUCUUCGUGCGCUACAACUUUCACACACAAGUAUCUUCGGUAUCGCCUCGCGACGUCGCGGCUAUAGAGCACCUUCUCCGCCGGGGUAGAAGGCAGCUGGAGAUGUACGAGCAACCCUCUGUCAGAGACUGCCAGAUAUCACAAGCCAUGAAUGAUUGGGAGCAAAGCCGACGCGAAUCACGGACAACUUCUCAGUAG